AUGCAACGCGCUGCUGAUGGCGUUUUCGAGAACGCAUAUGAGCGCGGCGCAGUGCACGGCCGUAUGCAGCUCUCCAGCAACUCUGAUGGCGAAAGUGACGACGAGGGCGAAGACGUGGACCUCGACACAUCCGUCAAACCGCCUCCGGCAGAGGUGACGGCGCUAUGCUGGUGCGCUGCCAGUGUCGGUGUCGCUCGCUUCUUGUGUGCUGAGUGUCGCAUCGAGGUCUUCGAGGUGCCAGUGUGCAUGGUGGCGGGUGAGAUCGUGCGACGCAGACGCGGCGGACCCGAAACGCCAGCGACCGCGGUCCAGUCACACGCCGGCGGUGCACAUCUUAUAUCACAUAGCACGCACGGAAACGCCACCGGCAGCCGCGGCGACGUCCGUAUUGUUACUCACGAAGACAUACCGCCGAGCUUGUUGUGGCUGGUGCGUUAUCUGCAGGUGUAUCAGCCCCAGGUCCUGCUUCCGCACACCGGUAGCGAUGCGCUGGGCGACUUAAUCGCGCUGGUGGCGGAACAGACGCCAGUGGAAGUGAUCCGGUUAAGCGCCGCGACGGCGUUUUGUGGACGCGAAGCGCUCCCUCGCUUGGCGGCCAUGUACCCCGCACAGGAGCAUGAGUUGGCCGUGCGGUUUCAUGCAGACAGGACGGCAAUGAUGUGCUCCAUGGCGGCGCUGCUUCAGUUUGUCGCUGCGGUUCAGUCUAACGUGGCCGAUGUCGUUGAGCGCGAUGUGUUGCAUGCGCUCUACCUCGACGAUGCCUGUGCCGAGGCUCUGCAGAUCACUCGCACAGAACGCCAUCCAAGCAGUGGACAAGGCCGCGGACGCGCAAAGGAAGGUCACUCGCUGCGGGGGCUGCUGAGUGCGGCGCAGAGUUCUGUGGGGAGAGCGAUGUUGCGACAGUGGAUUGCCCUUCCCUGCUGCGACGCUGCUGAGAUUGAGACACGCCAGUCCGUUGUCGCCUUCUUUGUCAACCCCCUGCAUCACGACAUUGCCGCCCGACUGCGCGCCGCACUGCACAGGGUGUAUUCAACAACUUAUGUCUUCACGCUGAUGCGGUCAGGUCGGGCGCUGCACAAGCACUACGUGUCACUAUACCAAACAAUGCGAGGAAUCAUUACUGUGCAGGAGCUGUUGGCCACCGUCGCCCAUGAGGUGAGUCGACUUUAUGUGUUGCUGCAGAGCAUCCGUGUGGAGCCGCUGCAGGCCAUGGCCGCCUCCCUCGAUGCAGCGGUGGUCGGGGUUGCAGGACGCCGUCGCGGUGGCAGUGCUGGUGGUGGUGCAGCAGAUACAAGACAGGAUCGGCAGCCACAUUACCCCGCUCUCCCGACGACAGCAGCGCUGCUCUCCUUUGACUGCGGCGUGUCCAACGCUGUGUGCAUCCGCGACGGGGUGGACACGGUGCUUGACGAGCUGCGCGUUCGCUUUCGCGAGCUGCGGCUGUCUCUCCAUGCGAAAGCAGCCUCUGCUUUCGCAGAGCUUCCGUGGACGCUGCGGGCAAGACUCUCUCUGCGCUGCGUGUACACAGUCCCACACGGGUAUUUGCUGUGCGUUCCAGCUGCGGAGCUAGAAGCACUGUUGCCAGUCAAGGACGCGGCCGACGAGGACGACAUGGGCGGUGACGACCGUGAUGGCGAUGCAGGCGAACCAGCGUCGUGGCGCAGCGACGACGCAGAUAACGAGACCGUUGGCCCACUGAGUAGCGAUGCUGCACCGCGUCCUCCUAGGGUGGGUGCUACCUUGCCUUCGUUCUCGCCUGCCGAGCGAGUCCGUUCCGUGAUGGCAGACUCCUUCGGCUGGCGGCUUCAUCACGCAACAGAGGCUGGCGAGUGCUGCUUCAAGUCCGCGGCGAUGGAGGAGCUGGACACCUGGGUUGGCGACCUGCAGCGGCGCGUGCAGCAGCGUGAGGAGCAGGUCCGCCGCGAGCUGGACACGUCACUCCUGUACAACUCUCUCCAUCUGCUGCGGCCCACUCGCGCGCUGGGGGAGUUGGACUGCCUGUUGAGCUUUGCUCGCGUGUCGGCGCAGGAGGGGUGGUGUCGGCCGGACAUUGUGGCGCCGGGUGCUGGCUUUACUGCGCCACAUGGAAAGACAGGGGAGGAGGUCGACGAGGGAAUUCUCGAGAUCGAGGAUGGCUGGCACCCGCUUCUCUCGCGACAUGUGGGCAUGCAGCAGCUCGUCCCAUUUUCGCUCCACCUCCGCACCUCGACCGACCGUGUUUGUUUGGUGCUUGGCGUCAACGGCAGCGGCAAGUCGGUGCUGAUGGGGGCCGUGGCGCAGAUCGUGUUUCUCGCCCAUUUGGGGUGCCACGUGCCAGCGGUCACAGCACGGCUGAGCCUGGUCAACAGCAUUUUCGCCCCAUCGUCGUCUGUAUUUGCAUCGUCCUCCUCCGUACCACCGCCUUCGGCCUGGUUGGCUGCCGACGUAGCCGCCGCGGCGCCGGGCAGCUUCUACGGCGAGUGCGUGGCGCUUCAUCGUGUGUUGCACUUCGUCGCUGGCCAGCAGCGCGCACGCCAGGCAUUUCACGGCAACGCCUUUGAUGGAAGCCACAUGGCGGGACGGGCACUUGUGCUGCUCGACGAGUUCGGACGCGGCACCUCCCCAGAGGAUGGAUGUGCCCUACUGAAGGCAACUCUGCGGUACUUCGCGGACGGAGGUGUGGGCUGCGGUGGUAGGCAGCAUGUCAGCUCCAGUGCGCCGCUCGUCCUCUGCGCUACUCAUCUUGUCGAAAUGCUGGACCUACCGGGGCAACGCGCCGCACCUGGGCUUCCUACCCUCAGUGACACCUUUGACUGCGGAGCAGCGGCGGUGGUGGCUCACAGUGGCCAAGGCACUGUUGCGGAACGCACAGACGCUGCUGCCGCGGGUGUGCCUGCGCCUAGUGAACCUUCAGCGCACGAAAACCAGCGGAGGCCCGACCCUCUCACACACACAGCAGAUAUCCCGCUUCCCCUGGAGUGGGUGAAGAUUUACGAGAUGGAGACCCACGCAACUUACGCCGCCGAUCAAGAUGGCCUGACUGUUACCGAGAGCUUACGUGCUGGCAAUGAUAAGCCGAUCCCGCUGCUGGUCGCAGGCGAUAGCGGCGCCCCAUUGCCACUGGACGUGACCCCGACGUACCAGCCUGUCUGCCUUACGCCUCACCCCGGACCGCGUCGACAACAGGACUGGGAACAGCAUUGCAGUAUUCAUCUGGGUGCCGGGCCCGCUAUUGGGCGUCAGUGCGGCCUUGAUGAGGAGUUGCUAAGUUGCUGGGAGGAGACCCUGCGCGUGCUGCAUCGCUUGCCAUGA